AUGCUACCCCAGGAGAUGGAGCACAAGCAUUUACUGCACACGCCCAUGGCUCUAGAGGGAUGGCAUGUGGUGUAUGCCAAGCGGCCAGGCCCACAUGCUGAUGGUAGCGGCAUCUUCUACCACUCUGAAAGGUUUCGAGUUCUUCGUUCCUGCGUAAUCAACUUUAACGACCUCGUUCCUCAAGAUGAAGGAACAGACAGUUCGUCUACAACCGCUGCUUAUAGGGAGGAUGGGGAGCACCAUCAUGAGCAGCAGGCCAGGCAUCGGUUUGAGAGCCCCCGCAUGGAGCAGCAUCAUGGCUCGGGCCACCACAUUCAUCAUCACCAUCAGCAGCAGCACCACCACCAGCAGCAGCAGCAGCCUCCUGACAUGUCAGACCCUCAGAUUCGCUUCAAGCGCGACUGCGUUGCUGUUGUUGCUGCCUUUCAAGAGAUCGAUCCGCCAGGCUCCUCCAACUCCUCUGAAACGGCUGGGGGUUCUUCUGCACAGGGCGUACCUGGUGGAGGUCGCAUUGUCAUUGUGGUCUCGUCUCACAUAUACUGGAAUCCCAUCUGUCCUGAUGUGAAACUAGCUCAGGCCCAGUACCUGCUGCAGGAGGUGGCGCGAUUCAGAUCGGAUAUAGAAGCUCUUUAUAAUCACCAUUACCACGGGCCAUCACAGCUAAGUGCCGACUUUCAGUUAAGAGGAGGCGGAUCUCACGUGGAUGGUUCGUGCGUUGAGGGGAAGAAGGAGAAGAAUCAUUUUCCGGUGAUCAUUUGUGGUGACUUCAACUCGCAGCCUGGAGACCCGGGGUACGAGGAAGAUGGCAGCACGAGUGGCGAGGGCUAUGCAGGUGGUUGCUCAGCAGCCAAUCCUGCGCCCAUUCCACUUGCAAGUCUCAAUGCGUUGGCGUCCAAAGAGAGAUCAAUGAACACCGAAAUAGACGAGAGCUCAUUAGGAGCCAUGGACGACGAGCCGAUUAUUCCGAUGUCAGACCCCGUGGCGCUUCUGUCCCACAUCGAGGUCCCUAAUCAGGUUCGGUCCGUUAUCAUGGGGGGUCCUGGAAACAGCAACAACUCGUACUACGCUUAUUUGGAGGCCAUAGAUCGGCUGCACGGUGCAGUGCGGUUUAUAGAGGAGGAGCUACGAAACGGCCGGUACCUUAUUGCUAAGGCGAUGGAGAAUGUCAAGCAAGACUUCAGCAAGCUGCUAACCAACAGCAGUUUGUUUCCCAACCUAGACGAGUUGAGGGAGGCGAUGCUAUCUGAGGAAUCACCUGACCAUAUAUCACCGCCGGAGAUGGUGGAGGCUGCAGCCAUUCCGAAACUACAUGCCAUGGCCCAGCGGUUGAUCGAUAACGACUGCGCGCCAGACUGUUGCAAAAUGUACCGCGAGAUGCGGGAGGCGGCGCUGAAGCGCAACUUCCAGCGGCUGGGCGUGCAGCAGGUGACCAAGGCGGAGAUCCAGAGCACCCCGUGGCCGCGCCUGGAGGAGAAGAUGCGGCGCUGGAGCGAACACAUGCACAUCGGGAUGAUUCUGGUGGCGGGCGAGAGGGAGGCAUGCGACCAGGUGUUUGCGGGCCUGGAGAAGCACGGCGAGCAGUGCUUUGUAGAUCUCUCGCGCUCCUGCAUCAUCCUGCUCACACACUUUGGCGACGCCAUCUCCGUCAUCAAGAAGUCUCCCGAACGCCUCUUCUCCUUCCUCGACAUGUACGAGACAACACUCGACCUCAAGUCCACGGUGGAUGAGCUGUACCGAGCAGAGGAGGGCCGGGAAGUGCGGGAAAACUACCAGGAGCUGCUGACAAUUUUGGGGCGGGCAGCCCGAGACACGUUUGAAAAGUUUGAGGACGCAGUGAAGGCACAGCCGACGGCGGAGGAUAUGAGUGGCAUGGGGGGCAUGGGGGGUAUGGGCAGCAUGGGCCAGGCAGGAAACGUUCCCCGUGCAGAGAUGCUUCGGAACGGAGGGUUCCUCAACAAGCUGAAGAAGAUGAUGCUGAAAGCAGACGACAAUAUGAGCGAGGUGGGCGGGCAGCAGGACGUGGCAGCAUCCAACGCCAGUGGGGACGUGCACCCCAUCACCAGCUACGUUGUCAACUACCUGCUGCUGCUCUGCAACAGCGACCUGCCGUACUUCUCCAUCCUGGAGUGCGUGUUUGAGGACAUGGCCAACACUGCCAACGAGGCCGGCUCCUCCAUCAUCACGCCGCGCGUGCAGGGCCGCCUCGCCUUUGCUGCUGCACGCAUCUUAGAAGCACUCAAAGUUAACCUGCAGCACCGCGCGCUCAUGCUGAGGGAUGACGCUCUGGGGGAACUCUUUCUGAUGAACAAUUUGGCCUACGUGCUCACCAAAAUAGACGCUGCGGAUGCGGGCAGGUUGCUGGGAACGGCAUGGAUUGGCAAUUACGGGGCCAUAGUGGACAGCCAUCGUGACCGUUUCAUCAACUCCUCCCUCGCCAAGUUUGACCCGGUGUGGUCUGAUGAUCGCCUUGACACUGCCUCUCUCGUAAAAAGACUGAAGCUUUUCAACUACACAGUGGAGCAGAUGAAGCAACGCUACAUGGCAUGGACCAUUCCUAACCGGGAGUUGCGGGCGCACGUCAAGAAAAUGACUCUUAAGCGGCUGCUGGACAAAUACAGAGACUUCAUCGUUCGGCACAGGAACGUGAUUCAAAGCCAUCGGACUCUGGACGUGAGAGUUUUCACGUGCGAAGAGAUCGAGCAAAUGCUGCUGCCAUGCUUUGAUACCGGGCCUUCUAGAGUCAAAUAA